AAUGUUUCGUAUGGCAUGUAUGACAUAUUCAUAAAAGUUUUCUGUAUGUAUCUAAAUAUUUUCGCAGCUCAUUGUAUUAUUCUUUGCCGUUCUCAUAAAUUCGUGGAAACAGAUAUUAUAGAUCGUAAUCGAUGUUAAAAUUUCAUUGCGUGAUGUUCGUUUCAGGUAUUAUCAUUUCUCUUUCGCUCACCGGUCAGUUUAAUUAUCCUAAUAUAGUUCUGGAACAUCAGGAAUCUUAAGCAGGCAGUUAUAAGCUACUGUUACUUCAGUGGAUCGCGAUCGCAAGCGAAAAAUUCGAAAGAAAACUAUUAAAUUAUUAUUUUAGUACAAUAUAGAAUUUGCAUUUUCAAGUACGAAAGAAGAAAGAAAAAAGAAAAGAAAAUCAAAUGAAUGAUUGCCAUGUUGCCUUCAAACACGUAUACCGUUUGAAGUCGUUUGCAAAAAAGGUAAACGCUCCGGAUAAUCUAGAAGUUUAUGCAAUACUGGAUGUUUAAAUUUGGUCUUAAAAACAUAUUCCUGUUGUUAUAACACACUGAACAUCCCAACGUACUACAUCAUUAACUAAGCGAGUCAUUGAACCGUCGUCAGCGUCGUAUAUUGCCCGUGGUUACUUAACGUGUUGCAGUAGAAAAUCGGCGUUUGCCGCGGCAAGAGUGCAGCUUUUCCAUAUACAUCGCUUUUUAUUAUAAUAAGGUUUGACAAAAAUUCUAAUCGACAAAUUGUGACAAAGCGCAACAAGCACAAACGGCGCCAAAAUAAUAAUCAUCGAAUUAAUCGAAUUUAUGGAUCUCGAUGAAGUGAUCUGUGAAUUUUCUCUCACGGUAAUUGACGUGUUGGAUCAAAGUUUGCACGACAUUAACAUUCGUGAUCAAGCGAAGUAGAUAAAUGGUGAUUAAAAGCAUGAAAACGAGCAGUUGAUCAUUUACGCUUUUAGGAACAAUCUAAACGAGAAUUCUAGCAUUGUUUUGAAGUCUUCGUUCGGUGAGAAAAAGAGCCACGCGGUCUCCCUUCACACGGAAAAUGGGUGGUCUUAUUGAAAUUUUCCUUUUCUUCGGAGUCCUCUUCUAUUUCUUCAACUUUGGGGCUUCCAGUAUGAUCGAUAUAGUUUCAACACGUUUGCAAGAAGUGUAUGCAAAAUGGAAUCGCAGAACGGAGAUAAAGCGAAACCCAGAAUUGAAUACGGUUCGAUUUUCGAUAAAGGAACUUCGGCGAACUGGUCAACAAAUGCAUAAAAAAAAGUUACAAGAUAAGGAACAAGCAAGAAAAGUUCGGGAAAGUUCUUUAUUUCAAAUCAAAGAGACUGAACCAUUAAUCCCUACUGUCACAGAAAGCUCUUUAUUUCUACACUAUUGCUGCAGCAGUUGCACUCCAUCAUCUAGAAAUUCAUUAGUAAAUAUUGCUAGUAAGCAAUAUGCGCCUUUUGGUACAAAUGUCCUAUUAAUGGAGUCACAUCAAUCGCUAUUCCAUAGAAUAUUACCUCGUGCGAUACGCGUUUGUUCUUUUAAAGAACACGAUUAUUCAAGGGAAUCAAUCCUAGAAAGUGAUAAUUUAAAAGAAGCAACAAAGUUGGUUGCUUCUGAAAUAAUUAAGGAUGAGGGUUGUAGUGAAACAGUUGCCCUGGAAAAAGCAAAAGAGAGAGCCAAGACCAUACUAGCACAAAUGGAAAGCAAACCAAACAAUCUUUUCAUUAGAAUUACAUCAUGGAUUACUUAUGUACUGUUACCAUGUUUUAUGCAGUCUGUUAUAAUAUUACCAUCUCAAAUAGAAAUGUUAAAAAAAGCAAAUGAGACUGGUCUUCCUGUGAUAUUACUUCCUUUACAUCGUAGUCAUAUGGAUUAUUCUAUAAUUACCUUCCUUCAUGUAAUGUAUGGUAUUAAAUGUCCAUUAAUUGCAGCUGGGGAUAAUCUAAAAAUGCCAUUUUUUGGGAAGCUUUUGCAAGGCUUGGGCGCAUUCUUUAUAAAACGUCGAAUUGAUCCUGUCAUAGGCCGCAAAGAUAUUCUUUAUCGUGCCAUUCUUCAAACAUACAUACUGCAAAAAUUAAAAGAGGGUCAUAUUAUAGAAUUCUUUUUAGAAGGUACACGUACAAGAACUGGUAAACCAUGCAUGCCAAAAGGUGGCAUUUUGAGUGUCAUUCUUGAUGCAUACAUGGAGGGAAUUAUUGAAGAUGCAAUGAUAGUACCUGUUGUACCAAAUUAUGAACGUCUUAUUGAUGGAAAUUUUGUUCAAGAGCAUCUAGGUCAACCAAAGAAGAAAGAAACAUUUAUAUCUACAAUGAAAGCCAUGUUUUCUACUUUAUUAACAAAUUAUGGAAUUAUGAAAAUUGAUAUUUGUCAACCCUUUUCACUCAAGGAAAUGUUAAAGUCUUUCCAAAAUCAAUCAAAAUUGAAUGGAGUAAAAAUAUCUCCUGCUGAAAAGCCUUUAAGGUCGACAGUAUCUAGCUCAUCGCUGUAUGGUACAGAUGUAGUUGCAGAAGAAUACCGUCAACUAGUUGACAGUCUUGCACGGCACGUUGUAUAUAAUUGUAGUAAUGCAAUGCCAGUAAUGUCGACUAACGUUGUUGCGUUCAUCCUUCUAUAUAUAUUUCGAGAUGGUUGUACCUUGGAUGAAUUAGUUGAAGCAUUUGAUUUCCUAAGACACCAGUUAGAAAGUCGUACUAAAAACAUUGCAUUUUGUGGAGAAAAUAUUGAUAUCAUAAAACAUGCUUUAGACAUCUUAGGUCCAGAUUUAGUAAAACUAAAAAAUCACGAAAUUAUAGAAACAGCUGAUAGUCAGUUAACUCAAUCAAAUUUCGUUACCGUAAUCCGUCCUAUGUCGUUUCUACCAAAUGUAAUCGAACUAUCUUAUUAUAGUAAUACAGUGGUAACAUGUUUUGCUAUGGAUAGCAUAGUGGUAACAGCUUUGUAUGCUGAAUUACAGUCACAAAUCAAUGAUCCUAUAGGUUUUGAUCAAAACAAUAUUAUAGUGUCUCAAGAUCUUUUGGUAGAAAAAUCACUUAAACUUUGUGAUAUUUUUAAAUACGAAUUUAUUUUCUGCAAGCCAUGUGAGGAAUUAGAACGCGUCAUUAUAGACACUGUGGUAAAUCUCUCACAUAAAGAGAUUAUUAUUUUACAAGAGGAAUCUUAUUUAGAAGAGGAACUAUGGAGUAAAAGAUUCGCAAAAAAUUUUGAUGAUAGUUCAGAUGAAGAAUAUCGUAAUAAGAAUAGAUCUAAAAGUAUUCGGUACAAAUUAAACUUACUAUCGGAAUAUGCAAAACGUGUGGAAUAUCUUCAUAUAAUGUUACAACCUUUAGUAGAUGUUUAUACUUUUACCAUUUUGUCUCUUAAAGGUUUAGUAGGUCAAUCGCUAAGCGAGAAAGAUUUAAUUCAAAAAAUUUUAAAUGACAUAAAGACAAAUAUAGAUCAUGACAUAAUAAAAUACAGUGAAUGUUUAUCUAUUGAUUCAAUAAAGAAUGCCCUAAAAUUAUUUGAAAAAUGGAAUAUCUUAGAAUGUUAUCCACAAGAGAAUGUUAAAAUUUUCUACCUGAAAGAUCAAUAUGAUACAGACUCAGCUGUAAUGAAAAUCUAUGAUAAAAUAGCAGCUUUCAGAUGGACUAAAAGUAUAAAUGAAAAAAAAAAGAUGAAAAUUUUUGAAUGAAUUUCUAUAAUGUACUACUUUUUUACAUCAACGAAUAACUUGAUAUGAAAAAC